UACAAAUGGACCGUGAAGCCAGUACAAGCUACGACGUCCUGGAGAGGAUGCUGCUUGAUGAAAGCGCAGAGCCCACAAGCCUUCCGUUAUCACUUCUGCAAUACGUAACAAAUCAUUUCUCUCUUGAUAACCAAAUCGGCAGCGGCGGGUUUGCGGUAGUUUAUAAGGGAAUGGUUGGAAAAGGUAUGGUCGCCGUAAAGAAGCUGUCCAACACAUUUGGUCUUCACGAGAAUAAAUUUCAUGAAGAGGUCAAAUGCCUGAUAAAUGCCAAGCACAAGAAUAUUGUAAGGUUUCUGGGCUAUUGUGCUGAGACUCAAGGUAAAAUGCAAAAGUUUGAGGGGAAGCUUGUCAUGGCAGAUCAACGGAACUGGUUGCUCUGUUUUGAGUAUGUAUGCAAUGGGAGUCUCGAUAAGCACAUUACCGGUAGGACGAAAACGUCUAUUCCCAUCUUUAUUUAUUUUGUGAAAGGUUAUUUAAAUACAUACAGUAGCAUGCUCUUUCCUUACUAUACCUAG